AUGCCCCACCCCUUUUAUUUCUAUUAUCACCGUAUGAAUCCAGAUAUUCCAGAAGCAUGUACAACUGAUGAUUUACUGAAGAACAAGGACCGAGUAGGAAUAUAUUGGAAAACAGUCUUAUAUUGCUUUUCCACACCAAUAUCGAUUGUGCUUCCUAUAGUUGUUUAUCUUUUGGCGGGAAAAAAAACCAUUAAGAAUAAUCUACUCCUUAGGCUCAUCACAAUUUUUUUCCCUGUUCAUACUCAGCAAAGAAAUACUCUGACCUAUUUCUUAAUUCUAGGAAAUCCCAAUAUAGGUCUUUACUCUACUUUAUUCUUAAUGGCCUUUUUCUUACACUCGCUAUUACUUCUGUUCUUUUAA